AUGGCUAGCCGCAUGGGUUUGAUUGGGUGCUUGAUUGUCGCGGUGGCUUUACUAAAUGCAUUCAAUGUGACAAACGGGACACACUCUGUGGCCAAGGUAUCAGAGGCCGAAUAUAAUGCCUGCACAAAAGUAACAUCUGUUUUAAUAACCAUAGCUUCUGUCUCAUUUGGAUACACUCUUGAAACUGCCGGUACUUACUACAUCAUCUGCACUAUUAGUAACCACUGUGAACAAGGUCAAAAGUUUUCUUUUAAGGUUGAAUCCACUGGAUCGCCGCCCAACUCUGCUUCAUCUCUAACAGUUGGUGCCUUACUUGCUGUGCUCACCACCACAGCCAUCUCUUUCUUGACUUACUUCUAA